CUGUUGUGGUGAUCAGGAUAAAAGCAUAAACCGACGUACGUACUCUGAUCCAUAUACCUAACAUGCGCUUGGAUUCGAUGUUUACCUACAGAGUGGCACAGACAGUACCGCCAUCUGCUUGGAUGUAAUUGUCGCGGAAGAGGGGCGAAGAUAAGUAUUGAAGGUAUUGCAGUGCUCAAAGUAUGAACCAUAGUCGUAUAAUUGGCAAAUGAAAUUGUAUUUCAUUUGCAGGGAUGAUGGUCAGCGUGAAGGUUUUGAUUAUUUCUCUCGUCUUCCCUUUCUGAAGUUGGGAUGAUUGAGUGAGAUGGAUAUCCGAGGAGUAACUUCGAAACAAAGAGUUGGUGGUAUUUUAUUAUGGAGUCAUAAUUUGAAUGGCAGAAAACAUCAACUUUCCUCAAUCUUCCUGAAAGGGUCGUUGAUCGGGCCAAAUGGCUAGAGACAUGUCACGAACUCCCCGCCAUGGUGACAAUUUAUCUCCGCUCACAAGAUGCACACAACAGGAGGCUCCGCAACUUCCCCAUGACCAAAGUCACGAAAGGCUAUACUUUUCCAUCAGUCACCGAUCCCAUUAUACUCUCCUCUCUUUUCCACUAUCGCAAAAACUCACUCUUUACUCCUUCAUGCUCUCCCUCAGAUCGUAAAGCGGGUUGUUCAAAUUGCUGCAUCCUUGCCGAUAAUCUCCCAUCAUCUCUUAGCCGUCAGCUCUUGAGACAUAAAGCUUGCACUCCUGUCUUGUGCGCCGGGUGCAAGAUGGAAGAAAUAAAGAGUGGGUCGGAUGGUGCUAUGAACGGCUCAGCUUCUAUGGGGCAGAAUUGAACCACAACUUCGGACAACAAUAGAAGAGAACGGAAAUCAAUAUGAUUUAAGAAGAGAAUAAUUUCGAAAAAGGGUAAAGGGAAGAAAGCCUAACCUGGAUUUACCAUCAAAGGAUGGGAAUGAGACUUCAUAAAUACAGUACCUAUGCGAGAGGACUAGAUUGCCACUGAUUACAUAUAUAUUAUCAGAUUUGAUUCCACUUGGAAGACGGUAUCACUCUUUGGGAGUUCAAAAAUACCAUGAUGACACGGGGAUAUGAGGCCGCAUGAAAAUGAGGGAUCGAGCAUCGCAAUUCUUCUAAAUUCGAGUUCACAUCUGAACAUCUCAAUAACAUGGCGCUCGAAUUUGCGUAGAUGCCGUUAAUGUUCGGAUUUCCAGAGAUAAGUCUGUUUACACAAAGCAAAGCUAUAUAUUAAAUAAUUCUUUAUAGGAUCUUAUGAAUCGAGUUCAUCAAUCCGUUGUAUUCAGAUUCAUCAUAUGGCCUGUCAUGGACUUUCAGACCUGGGAGUCUAAGCGAACGCCACUUCCCCGAGCUUACCCCACAUCCCAAGUAAUGGACUACGUCAACACUUCGACCUUCUGGAAUUGAGUAUUCCGCUGGUUCCACGAAUAUCUAUUUCGAAUGGCUCUUAAAAUGCUGCCUAACUCAUAUGAACAACUCGGUGACUGAAACAUAAUGUUUGCAUGAGACACGGGUAAGGAGUUGUCUGUACGUCAUUUGUUCGACUCCUUCACGUUGACAUCAUGAUUUACGAGGAUGCAUAGCUAGUGGUGGCGUUACAUGCACUUGGUAUACGUAGCUGUUGUAAAGAAUAUCUAUAAACCACUACUCUCAAUGUUCCUUCUCCAUUGUUAGACAAUCAUCUAUAUCCAGUGCUCACUUCCAGAACACUCACCCGAACAGUAAUCAAAAAUCACUCACACCCACACCCACACGUACAGUCAUGACAACCGCAACAGCCCCUGGAGAGAACUUCGAAGUUCGCCAAACCUCUUCAACUGAAGAUUGGCACCCAGACCCUUCCAAAUCUAUCCCUCUAUCUCCCGCUCGUCAAGCACUCAUCGACGAUAUAAUUGCUCUGUAUAGCUGCGAACCUACCAUUGAGCGUGUCAAACGGUACACGCCCGAUUGCGUCUAUGAUGAUCAGUUUGUGUAUGCCAAUGAUCGGUACAAGAUGGCUGGACAGUGGUUUGCGCUACCAAAGUUGUUUAAAGAUAGUAAAAACGAGGGGUAUCAGGUUGUAAGGAGCGAUGAUGAGGUGAUCCAAUUCAAGAACGAACAGUCAUGGACCUUCAAAAUCAUUCCAAAAACCGCCACAAUAAACGCACUCGUGACUUUGUCUCUUGAUCCUGAAACCGUCCACAGCGAUUUCAUACGAGUCAAGUAUCACAAGGAUCAAGCCAAUGAUAAAGACUACAGCCAUGAAGGUGUGGGCUUUUCAUUCAAGAAAUGGCAGGCAGAUCAAGUUGCAAAACACAUGAGCAGUGAUGAGGUUGCAGUUUUCAAAGAGGAUAGUACUGCUGGAAAGGAACCUGUUAGGAAGUAUGGCGAUGGUAAGGGUGAAGCUCCACUGAAAGAUUUGUAAUUCCUGGUUAAAAAUAUGCGAACAAUAUUAU